AUGCGUUGGAAUAGUUUCUCGCCGUUUUUUGCGGGACUGAUAAGUGCACAGUUUACUGAUGACCACUUAAAAGUCAUGGAGACGCAUUUACUAAAGGUUUUCCAGCUUGAUUCUGUCCCACGGACGACCUCUGAUAGCAGAUCAAAGCUUUCUCCUUUACUGGAAAGAAUGUACCAUUUCCAGCAAGACAGCGAACAUGAAGAACAUUUCGAAAUUGACGACGACGUGAGUCAAAUUUCGAAUAUUGUCCGCCACCAGCACGAGCAUCUCAGAUUAUACGAUGAUGGAAAGCUCCACUUUAUUCAUGAUAUCCAUCUACCGGAAGUGGAGAAGUUGAACAAAGCCGAGCUUUUACUUGACACAACGCAAUUUCAGCCGAAUUCAACUUUUGACGCUUUUUUGGUUGGCGAGAACGGCGACGUCCUAAUCUCGCGCGUGGCAGGGGACUCGGAAAUAAUCCGAAUUGAUCUGACAGAAGCCACAAGCAAGUGGCUCUCGGGCUUUCCCAACAACGGCGUACGUUUGACAAUCAACUCGCAAAAUAAAAGAGUGCGUCGAAAUGUUGAAGACUUCGACGAGCAUUCUGCCACGUUUCUGACAUCCAGAAGAAAAUCGAAAAAGAAGUCCUCGCGGCUGAUUCGAAAUCGCUUGGAACCCUGCAGCCGCGAGAAAAUGUACAUCGAUUUCAAGUCGAUCAAGUGGACCGAGUUCAUCGUCGCUCCUUCUGGCUUCGACAGCUAUCUUUGUUCGGGAACAUGUCCGUAUCCUCUCGACGCUCACUUGAACCACACAAAUCAUGCUAUCUUCAAUUCGGUGGUUGCUCGACUUGAUCCGCUAGAAACUGAUGGUCCUUGCUGCGUUCCGACUGAGUUAAAGCCUCUCACGGUUUUAUACAUUGACAACAGUCAGAGGGCUGUGUUAAGAUCAUACGAAGACAUGGUAGUAGAGUCAUGCGGGUGCAGAUAA